CUCCCUAUUGUAUCUACCUACUUUCCCUUCCUUAGACCGGCUCUAAGGACCACCACCACCACCCCCAUUAUAUUUCCCUGCACCUCACAAUGCCGGCAUACCACUCCAUCUUCCUCGAGGAUCGGGAUGUCCCCGUAAUAGGAAACUUCCCAAUCCUCCCCCUCCGCACUCGCACUCGCGGCCCCGCAUACACCCUCCCCCCGCUCCCGCCCACCGCCGACACCACCGAUGUGCCCGCCGACAGCGAAUCCUACGACUGCGUCGACGAGAUUCUCUCCCUCUUCCGAGCCAAUGUCCUGUUCCGUAACUUCGAGAUCAAUGGGCCCGCCGAUCGCAUGCUUAUCUAUGGUACCUUGUUCAUCAGUGAAUGCUUGGGGAAGGUGAAGCCCGGUAUGGUGAUGCGCGAGGCUGAGAAGGCAUUGAUCAACGUUGCGCUCGACCACUUCGCUAUUCCCGGUGACGUGUCCUUCCCUCUGAACCAGGCAUUUGAGGCGCCCCGCGAUCGCCAGGAUGCGGAGACAUUGAGACAGUACCUCUCUCAAGUUAGGCAGGAGAUUGCGAUGCGGUUGCAUGCUAGGUUAUACCCCGGUGGUGUUGGGCCUUCCAAGUGGUGGCUGAGCUUCGCCAAGAGAAAGUUCAUGGGAAAGAGCUUUUAAGGCGAAUGACUGAUAGAUAGAUGGAUGUGCUUUUGUUUUUUUGCUGCCACAACUCAGCGUAUGAACAAACUCUAAACCGGACUGUUAGCUGUUGUCCAUGUCUAGUCAUUUUUACUCUGUGUAUAUUUGAAUCUGAAGCGUUUUGAUCC